GUUGAUAGAAGCCACUUCUGCGUUCAUUGAGGGAGGUCACAAGUGCAUGUUUUCAACAAAUUAGUUCAUCCCUGUGUGUGUUUUUUUUUAAUUAGGAUGUUUUGGGCAGAAGCUCUUGCCAACCGUACAAUGGUAGAUGGGCCCUUUUCUGAACAAGGUAUUUGAAUUGCUGUUCCAGUUCUUGUGUUAGGAGAUAUUCAGGGAAAACCUGGGCCCGUGUAUUUCAUUCAUCCCGUAAAUUGGCCAGAAAAUGCCUGCCGGGUACAAUCGGGAGAAGACAAUGAAGAUGAAAACAGCAAAGGCUUCGAAGGUGCUCUCUUCAGGACGUUUAGUGGGCUCUUCAAAGCAAUGGAGUGGAAAAAAAAGGAACACAGGAGGAAAAGCUUCUGUAGCCUCUGUAGAGUCUGGUUAUUCGCUGUAUUCCACUGAUUCUGAGGAUCAGGUUACAAACAUUCAUAAAGGCAUUGACCGAUGUGCAGCUUUAUUGAAGGACAUUUUGGAAAGUGAGAAUACAGGAAAGACAAGUGUUAGAAAACUAAAAUUGAAAUCAGGCAAAGAAGCCAACAAAAAGGACGUCAAGAAAAAUGGCUCCGUUUCUUGUGUUCCACGUGUGCUAAAAGAAGUUGUUUCAGCAUCAACAUUCAAGGUGAAACCUGACACAGCAGAAGUAAAUGCAAACAGCGGUGGGCACACGUCAACAAUUCAGGAGAUUAGGAUUCCGUCCGGCCAGCAUUCUCCUCUUGUGGAUCAGUGUCUUUCUGAUGAUGUAGAGACACAAAUGGCUUUUCUAAAUGGCCAUGGUCCAGUAAAUCUCUCUAGCCAGGUGCCUGCUACACCUUGCAACACAAGUUUAGACUCUGGACCUCAUACUGCUCCAACAUUUAAUUGUCGACUCACCACUUCUACACCAGCUAUCUCUCCUAAGAACACUACUCGUCCAUUAUUAGUUCAACAUCAGAAUAUUUCCAGUGACCCUUACAUUCAACCUGUUUCUCGUAAAGGAUUGAACUUUCUGCCAGUCUAUCCAGUUUCAGCUACUGUUACCCCUCCUGUGUCUACAUACACCUUGCCUCAUCUGGUUUGCGACAAUAGUGAAGGAAGACACAUAUCGGAUAACCAAGACCCACAACAAUGGAAGGAUCAAGAACAACCAAUGUGUAUCCCAUGCUGCAACGCCCAAAGAGAGCAGCAAGCAAAAGAGACCCAUCAUGUGGCUUGCAAAGCACUGGUACAAGCAGCAGACAAUAACAAAUCAGAAACUGAACCCACUGAUCGGAAUACUGUUGAAGACGCACACUUCAAUUUACUGGAUGUUGAACCAGUAAAAGACACCAUUGGCCAGAAUUAUUUUGCCAAACAAGUAAAACCUAAGAAACAGAGUCCUGACAAAACAGCCAAGAAGAUUAAAACUGUCAGAUACCUUCUGAGUGAACUUAAGGCUCUGGUUGCUGAUCAAGGUAAUCAAAGUGACUCCGAAGUUUUCAGGUUAACAAUGGAGCUAGAGGAUAGCAUCUCUCUAUUGCCAACUGUGAUUGGAACCACUAACAUACAAGCAGAAAUAGCUAUGAGUCUUCAACCUCUUCGCAGUGAGAAUGCCCAGCUUCGCAGACGAUUAAGAAUAGUGAACCAACAACUUCGAGAACGAGAAAAGGCUGAGAAAGAUUCCAGGUCUACAGAUUGCAACUUUGAAGAUAUUUUUGCAAUUUUUGCAGUGAUCUCCUUACAGUCCAUGAACACAACAUUGCAUACCCAGCUGAGAGAGUCAUUGAAAGAACUUGAGUCAUUGCAAAGGAAAAAUGAAGAGUUGCUGAAUGUUAUAAGCAGUCAAAGAGAGCAGAACAAACAAUUACUCCGGCAGAUGCAGGGGAAAGAACAAGAUCUGUUCCAGAGUAGACAGCAAUGCGAGAUGGACACAACUAGAGUCAAAAUGGAAGUAGAUGAAGCCUUAACCAAAAUGAGAAAGAUUCAGCUAAAUCUGGAAGCCUCGGAAAAAGAAAAUCAGAUCUUGGAAAUUACAUUACGUCAACGUGAUGCAGAAGUGAGCAGAUUGCGUGAACUAACCAGAACUUUGCAAGGCAGUAUGGAAAGACUCCUUUCUGAUCUUAGUAUGGAUUUUGUAAAGUCUACCUCAAGACUGACCAGAAACCACCUUCAGGAGUAUGAAAGGCAUCUUCAAGAUGAUCCGUGUUUGAGCUCUGUGGCAGCUUAUCUUAAAAAUCUGAGCACGAACUCUGUUCAGGACACACCGGCUUUAUCAUUGCCAUAUAAAGUACCAGAAUCUGACCAAUGCUCCACACCUGUUCAACCUAAUUUAAUUGCUGUAGCAGCCAGAAUAUCUCCGAAUAAUAGCCUGUCAGGAAAAUCUUCACCCUCAAGUUUCUCUACAUACAGGCCACAGAUUGAAUCUCACAUUAUUAAGUAUGAAGACUCAAAUCUGGACGAAACUACGUACAUUCCAUUAGUAAGCAAUGCAUCCAAGCAAGGAAAUGAACCAGUGAGGGAGGAAUGUAUAUCAGUGGAAUCACAUAUUAGAUCAAAUGUUUUGCGUAAUGAUGGUGGAGAUUCAUGUAAUGGACUGGUGAUAAUGCCAUGCCAUGAUGAGUUGGAAAAGCCAGAAAUGGUGAUUGCUGAAGAAAUAUCUAUUCCUGAUAAGUUAAAGGAAAAGACUAUACCGAGAGGGUGUUCAUCAGAUCUGGGAGCAUCAAAAAAUAAUCACAUCCAAACAAGGCCUUUGGACAGUAUUAUAGGACUUUCUAAACCCAAUCUAGAUUCAUGGACGACUACUGCACUGAGAAAUGGGCCACAGUUACAGAAUGACACUGUUUCAGCUGUUGAUUCAAGUUUCUCAAGUAUUGAUUAUAGGUACAAAAAAUCUAAUUGCAGCGUGUCGUCAUUUUCUUCAUUUAAUUCUUGGGAUGAGCAAAACUUCCGGAAUAGUUUAGCAGCUCUAGACGCUAAUAUUGCAAGAUUACAAAAGAGUUUACAAGCUGAUAUUGAAAUACAUCGACCCCAAAAUGCUUAGUGUACAUAAAAUAUACAUGUAUGCAUUAAUUGUUUUAGGCAGGUUUUCAUUUUACGUAUUUCUUGCAAUCAUGGUUGUAGUUUUGUAAUUAAAUUUUAAUUUGAGAAAAUCUGUUUCUUAAUUUUAUUUGGAUU